AUGCACGAAUGUACUGCUUGUAUCAUAUUUAUUGUCAUCUUCAAAUGGAUAUUUCAGUACUGGCACAGGAAAAAACUCCCAUUCCUAAAACCCCAAAUACCUUUUGGCAACUACCCCAACUUCUUUAAAAGUAAAGAAAAUUUAGGGAUGGAAACAGCCCAGUUGUAUGCCCAAAUGAAAAAGAAAGGUUGGAAGCAUGGCGGUAUUUACAUUCUCACUUUCCCAAUCUACAUGUUUGUACAUCUCGACUAUCUCAAGAACGUCGUCGAAGAUGAUGGCCAUUUUUGUGACCGUUUGCUUGUUGGUAACCCGAAAGUAGAGCCCUUGCAUGCUCAUCUGAUGAACCUAAAAGGCACACAAUGGAGAUAUAUGAGAACUAAACUAAGUCCGGGCUUCACCUCAGGAAAAACAAAGAUGAUGUUUGAUAUUAUUAAACAAUGUCAAGAUUGUUUAGUCAAGAAAGUGGAGAAUCUCGGCUGUGUUGAAGUGGAGGAACUUUGCAAAAAUUUUACCACAGACGUGAUUGGGUCUUGUGCAUUUGGACUCGACUAUGUGCAUGAUUUUUUCAUGAAUUUGGUACACGAAGUGAUUGAAUACCGGGAGAAAAAUGGAGACAGUCGCAACGAUUUUAUCCAGUCGUUAAUAGAAAUUAAGAAAUCCGGUUCUCUAACUGUUGAAGAUAUCGCUGCCCAAACUUUUGUGUUCUUUUUGGCAGGGCUUGAAACGUCUGCACUUUUAAUGGCUUGGACGUUGUACGAACUUGCGAAAAAUUUAGAGAUCCAGGAGGGACUUCGGGAUGAGAUUUGUGAGGUUUUGGAAAAAUUUGAUGGAAGAAUCUGUUACCAAUCUUUGCAAGAAAUGAAAUAUUUCGAUCAGGUGAUGAAUGAAACCAUGAGAAAAUUUCCUCCGGUUCCGUUCGUCAAUAGAGUGUGUACAAAAGACUACAAAAUACCAGAAGAAGACACUAUUAUUGAAAAAGGGACGGCUGUGGUUAUACCAAUUUUGGGAAUCCAUCGCGACGCAGACUAUUAUCCUGAUCCAGAAAAGUUUGACCCGGGACGAUUCAGCGAAGAGAAUAAAAAGAAAAUGCCUAGUUGUGCGUACAUUCCUUUUGGAAAAGGGCCUAGAAGUUGUAUAGGUAUGCGACUCGGCUUGUUACAGGCCAAAGUCGGUUUAUGUGGUCUUGUCAGAAAUUUUCGUUUUACACUAAACGAAAAGACACCAGACGUUAUGAGACUAAAUCCAGGCAGUUUGUUUUCUUCACCGGAAGGAGGAAUUUGGUUAGAUGUAGAAAAAUGUCUUUAG